AUGAGUGAAACAAAGCUAGAAGGGCGCGAGGAAACUCUUGUUGACAACGAUUUGAGUUUGUUCCCAGACGGUGGCCGUGAGGCGUACACGGUUGUCGCUGGGGCUUGCAUGGGACUGACAUCCGUUUUCGGUGUAGUAAAUUCUGUGGGAGCAAUCCAGGCAUACAUAUCAGAACACCAGCUCAAGGCAGUGCGCACAUCGACUGUGUCAUGGAUUUUCGCAUUGUACGUGUUUGCUGUGUUCGCUAGUAAUGUUCUAUGCGGCUGCUACUUUGACCGCAACGGUUGCAGGACGGCGAAGUAUUUGGGCAUCAUCUUAUCAGUGGUUGGCAUAUUCUGCCUUGCCGAGUGCAAAGAAGUGUAUCAGUUUAUUCUGUGCCUCAGUCUGUUGUACGGCGUAGGAUCUGGCAUUCUCAUGACUUGCUUAAUAUCUAGCGUUUCCACAUGGUUCAACAGGAGAAGGGCUCAUGCAACCGCCAUUGCUAGCAUAGGGGGGUCGAUUGGGGGCAUCGUGUUCCCCAUAAUGCUGCGAAAGCUUUACAGCGAGGUUGGAUACGCGUGGGCUAUCCGAACCCUAGCCUUCAUAAUAACUGCGUGCCUGGUGCUAUCUACCGUUCUAACGAGAGAGAAUGCAGCUGUCAUGAAAUAUCAAAGGGAAAAACUACCUUGGAGAAAAACACUGCAAAUUUAUGUCAGAUACAGCUUGGACUUGGGUAGCUUGAAGGACUGCAAGUUUUUGUUUUGCACACUUGGCUGCUGUUUCGCAGAGAACGGCCUUAUUAUUACUACUACUUACUUCCCCUCAUACGCAAUUUCUAAGGGAGUCCCUGAAAGCACGUCCUAUGCUCUUAUUGCCAUAAUCAACGGUUGCGGAAUCCUCGGAAGGUGUUCUGGCUACAUUGCUGACCGCUUUACUGGUCGCUUCAUGAUUAUAACAAUAUGUCUGCUUCUCAUGACUUUGCUCAGCCUUGUGAUGUGGCUACCAUUUGGCCAUAGCCUGAAGGUUUUGUAUGCGUUCUCUGCGCUCUUCGGCGCUGUGUGCUCUUCGAUACUAUCCCUGGUGCCGGUGGCAAUGAGUCAGAUAUGCCGCACUGAGGAUUUUGGCAAGAGGUUUGGCUUAAUGUAUCUCAUGACAGCCUUAGCCAGCUUGGCUGUCAUGCCUGCUGGGGGCGCCAUUAUCGGAAAUGGUGGCGCGAAGCAGUACGACAAUUUCAUAAUAUACUGCUCAGUGCUGACAUUUUCCGCGGCAACUUCCUACAUCACUAGUCGUUUCUUCGCAGUGGGAACUAAACGUGUUAAGUUUUGA